GGUCUACUAACUUCUUCCCGUGUCUGUGAAGAAGAAACCCUAGAAACCAAGAGCGAGGAAGAUGCCGCCGAAAUUCGAUCCAUCGCAAGUAGUGGAAGUGUUCGUACGGGUUACCGGAGGAGAGGUGGGGGCGGCGAGUUCACUGGCGCCGAAGAUUGGACCUCUGGGUCUCUCCCCGAAGAAGAUCGGAGAAGAUAUCGCAAAGGAGACGGCGAAGGAAUGGAAAGGUCUUCGAGUUACGGUCAAGCUCACCGUUCAGAACAGACAGGCGAAGGUCACGGUGGUUCCUUCUGCGGCGGCUCUGGUCAUCAAAGCACUCAAGGAGCCGGAACGUGACCGGAAGAAAACGAAGAACAUCAAACACAACGGCGACAUCUCUCUCGACGAUGUUAUCGAGAUAGCGAAGGUGAUGCGACCGAGAUCCAUGGCGAAGGAUCUGAGCGGAACCGUGAAGGAGAUCCUCGGCACGUGCGUCUCCGUGGGUUGCACCGUCGAUGGGAAAGAUCCCAAGGAUCUUCAGCAGGAGAUUACCGAUGGGGAAGUUGACAUUCCCAGCGACUGAAAAGGGUACUUUGGAUUUUCCCUAAAGUUUUGAUUUUUUCGAUUUCGUUUCGUCUUUUUGUAUCGAGGGUAUCCCUUAGUAUACUGUUCUUGAUCAUUCCUGAACAAUCGCAGCUCGAAAGACCAUUCCUUUUGGCUUGUUUGUUUGAAAGCUUGUGUUGAGGUUAAUUAGAUGGCGUGUUCUCAUUCAUGACUUGA